CACCACGUAGGAGCAGUAUAGACCUAGUCUGUUCAAUAUAUACAUCUACAUGAUGUAUUGUUACACCAUGUAGGAGCAGUAUAGACCUAGUCUGUUCAUUAUAUACAUCUACAUGAUGUAUUGUUACUCCAUGUCGGAGCAGUAUUGACCUACAGUAGCUGGCUACUUAUUGAGAUUUAGUUUGACUUAAGGAAACUGCCUUAAAUGUUCUGCAGUAAAAAUGUUUUAUUCGCACUAAUCAAUCAACACAUUCCUGUCUAUGUCUCAAUAUGAUAGUUUUAUUUAAUUAAAUCAAUUUCAAAUCAUCUUUUUUUGAAAAUAAAAUAUGAUCCUCAGCUGCAUUUCCCCUCCAGUCAGCAGACGGCGAUGUGCGUCUUUCAGGCGACGCUGUCAGCGUGACGUAUUAUCUAGUGGACGGUUCUUCAGAAACAGCUCGUCAACCACCUCGGUAGCUUGUUAGCCAACAUAGCCGAAAGAUUCAUGCUAUUUAUACGCUUUCGCUGUAUAUUACCUACUGUGUUUUAGACACACUUCUGUCUUAUCUUCUUGUUAACCGAUUUAAUAUAAUAUUACGUUAGUUAUUAUUAGUCAGCUAUAGUAGCUGGCUGGUUAAGUUAGCACUAGUCUAGUCGCUAAUGAUAUCUAGCUAGCUAACAUCCCCGAACAUGAGCUCCCUAAGUUUCUCCCGUCCUGUUAAAGAAGAGGAGGUCUGCUGGACGGAGAAAGAAGCUGUGGGGCUGAACAUUGUCGUGAAAGAGGAGAAGGAAGAGGAGGAUGUCACAGUAAAACAAGAAGUAGAGGGUGAGGCUGUUACAGUGAAAGAAGAAGAGAAAUACAUUUUUGGAAUGAAGGAUGAAGAGGGGGAGAUCACUGUCACAUUAGAGGAGGACGAAGAAGAGAAGACUGGAGAACUGAUUAACACCAGUAAAUACAACAACUGCAAACAAGGAGUGAGUGAUGUAAGGCAUUCAAGGAGUUGGCUUGAUGGAGAGAAACAGAACUACCGUGGAUCCUCUGGGGAGCCUCAACAACAUCAUGAUGCUGACAAGGCAGAGAAGAGUCUCUCCACGUCAGAACACCUCAAUAAAUACCUGCGGAGAUCCACAAGGAAGAGAUUUCACUGCUGCUCUGAUUGUGGGAAAGUUUUUAAAUAUUCAUCCGAAUUUAGAAUACACCUGAGAAAUCACACAUUAGAGAAAUCUUACUGCUGCUCUUCCUGUGGGAAGAGUUUUACUCUCUCAACCCGCCUGAUAUCACACCAGAGAACACACACAAGAGAUAAAUCUUAUAGCUGUGAUCAAUGUGAGAAGAUUUUUCCUCGGGUAAUCAACCUGGUAUCACACCAGAGAAAACACACAGGAGAGAAAUCGUAUAUCUGUAACCAAUGUGGGAAGAGUUUAUCUUCAUCUGGAACUCUGACUGUACACCAGAGAAUACACACAGGAGUGAAACCUUAUAGCUGUGCUCAAUGUGGGAAGAGUUUUAUUAUGUCUGGUCAGCUGAAGGCACACCAUAGAACACACACAGGAGAGAAACCUUAUAGCUGUAUUCAAUGUGGGAAGAGUUUUGCUAGAUCUAGCCGUUUAACUGCACACCAGAGAACACACACAGUAAAGAAAUCUUAUAGCUGUAAUCAAUGUGGGAAGAGUUUUACUAUGUCUAAUCAGCUGAAGGCACACCAGAGAACACACACAGUAAAGAAAUCUUAUAGCUGUAUUCAAUGUGGGAAGAGUUUUGCUAGAUCUAGCCGUUUAACUGCACACCAGAGAACACACACAGUAAAGAAAUCUCAUAGCUGUAAUCAAUGUGGGAAGAGAUACUCUCAUAAAAGAUCUCUGACUAAACAUCAGAAAAUACAUGGAGUUGUUUCACGAUAUCAAUGAAUUAAUGUCACAGUGUAGAAUAUUAACACAUUGUAGGAGGAGUAUUUUAAUGAUGUCACAAUGUAGAACCCUAAAUGUUUGCCCCCUUAUCAAUUGAUUUCAGCAUGAUAUUAGCCUUGGGAAAAAUCCAGGCUCUGAAUUGAGAGAGUACUAUUUAUGAGAUUUAACAAAAAGUGACUAACAAGAAAAGAGUUGUUACACUUACCACAUUGGUGACGCUCUUGAAUCAAAAUGCAACACUUCAAAAUGUAGCGAUUUGUUUUCUACAAAUUGUCCUCUAACCAGGGAUGUACACAUUAUUCCCAGAUUCCGUGUGGUUUUUGAGCUGUUAGUUUUAACAGGAUGUGCAACCUCAUCUCCCUUGUCUCGCACAAUUGAUUUCAACAUGUAAUCGAUGAGUGAUGACAAAUAAGUGUUGCGUUCCUUUAUUUAGCGACCCCUAAACUUAAAUGCAUCUCUCCAAAAUGUAGCUGACUGUCUUCUGCAUGUUGUCCUCUAACCAGUGAGGUGAAAGAUAUUUCCUUUUUUCAUGUGUUUUUUUUUUAGUUGUGUUUCAAGUUUUCGCUUUUGGUGCUUGUAUAAGUAAAUACAAGUAAUGUGAUUAUUGUGGCAGAUGUUUGUGUAGAUAGUACAUUUUAUGUUAAGGAUUUCAAUUUAUCAUAAACUUUUUCUGACAUUGGGGCUAUCCACCUAGCAAAAUGUUGAAAACAUACAAUAUAAGUUUGGUUUUAGUUGAAAGUGAAAGUUGAAAAGAACUAUUUAAUUUCAACGUACUUGCAGCCUAUACACAUGGUCGCAGUAUAAUAAAUUGGUCUAUAAUCAAUUUUAUGAACAGUCCUACAUCACUCCAGUAUUUAUUUACAACAUUCAAGUGCUAAAUGUCUUUAUUCCAAUAAUGACGAAGCAUGACUCAAAUCACCUACAAAUAUUUCAAUUUAGUUAAUUAUUGCUAAUACAUAUUAACAAAGGGGUGUACAUUUGGUUUUGAUAUUUCAUAUUUACAAUUCAUGUAACAUUUAGUAAUCAUAAUUAUUUAUGCAACCAACUGACGAUUUUUGGGUACAAUUAUAUUGACAUUGUUACCCUGCUUUUAGAAUAUCAGGGAUCAUUCUCAGAUGUGCCAAACCAAAUGUUCUAGAGCAUGACAUUGGGGACUGGGCCCAGAUCCAACAACAUCUAGUGAACCCUGGAAAGAGAGAGAAGCUCCGCAGUGAGGUGGAAAGUUACUACGGGUAUUGCAGGAGUUUCCUCUUGAAAUCAGACAUGUCUGUGUUAAGGACAACUUGGUUGCUGAUUGUCUCAAGGGUGGGUAGUCAAAAAGUUUAGUGUUUACGUUUAGCCAGUGCGUUGCCAUGGAUCACAGUUUAUUGCAUGUUUUUCUGUAUUGGAGAUGAGUUUUGUUUGAGCUCGUUCCAAGGGGAUGAGAGUUCCAGAAGCUAGUGGGUUUUAGGAAGAUGAGUUUUAUAGUAAGAAAAGGGAUAUAAAAAUAAUAUGAUUGUAUAUAUUGUUUACAAAUGUUUUUUCUUGUUUUUAAUUGUUGAUAGCCAGUAGACACCAUGUUUAUAUUGUAGAAGGUGAAGCAUUAUAGUAGAUUAUAAUGUGAAAUGGAAGUUGUUUUCUCUUGGUGGUAAGCAAACUUGUCCAACAAAAACAGGAUAUAUUUGUCUUAAGGAGGAAGGUGUUACAGACUUUAGUUUUUCCAUUUAUGUUUUGAGGUUGAACGUUAGCACGUUUUGGUGUCACCUCGUUAGUCAAUAUGUGUUCCACCUUUGCUGGCUUGUCCAUCUCGUUAGUGGGAAGGUGUUUCACCUGAGCUGAUUCAGGUUAUAUUUAAGAGUGUCUGGCCCAGUGCUCCAGUUGUCUUGAUAGAUGUGACAAAUCAACACCUUUAGUUGCGCUACCGCUUUGGUUUGCUUCCUGUUUUUAAGUUAGUUGUGGGUUUUUCUUUUGUUUGCCUCUUCUUGGGCAGAUUUAAUGGGUCUCAUGGUGGGUGUCUUUUAGGUCCCAGUUGUUGUUACUAGUCAACUUUCAGUGGACACUGAGAGCAAAAUUGCAAGAUUAUGUUAUUAUACUUUUAUUGCAUCAAAUGGUUGUUUUAUGCAACAGAAUAGAGGAUUCUUAGAACUAUUGUGUCUGUGUGUUCUACUGAGGAUGGGCCUCUGGGAGAUAACACUGACAGGAGAUUUACAAUGUCUUUUGGGUGAUAAUACAUGAAGAGACCACAUUCCAGAUUAUGAGUUAAUGUUUCUGUUCUAUGUGGUACCAGGGAGAGAUGACCCCAGGGCCAGACCCUGGUCUCUACACAAAGAGUACUGUUUUUACAGCAGAUACUGUCUGCUGAGAAUUAUAUCUUCCAUACAAAUCUUUAUCUUGUGACCCAUUCUUUACAUUGGUUGUUCGUCAUGUAGAUUGAAAGGGGUGUAAAUUGGCUGUAAAAUACCUUUGUACUUUUGUAUCUGGGCUCUCAACUAAUCAUCUGGGGGUGAUUCGUCGACCAGCCAUAAUUAUCGUAGAGCACUCAAUUGAUUCACUUUAUAUGUGUGUGUUGUAUUGACCUGCUCCCUUAUUAUUAAGUGAAUAAAGAUUUAGUUUAAGAAUAA